AUGAAGACAUCAGUCACCCUCUUCCUUGCUAUUCUCGGCAUGGCAUCUGCUUCCGUUCUCAGUACCACGAAUGUUGCUACCGUUCUCGCGGGAGUAACAGCUCCAUCGUCUCUCACCAUAUCCGCCGAUGCCAUGGCAGCUAUCGCUAAACUUGGUACCGGUGGCGCCAACGCUGCCAAAUUGACGGCCGCCGAUACUGCUGCAAUCACUGCCUGCACGAAUGCUGGUCGAGCAAACAACACAGCUUCGAAAGCCAACCUUAAAGACGGAACUGGAAGUGCAGGAGCUAUUGCCUUCGUAACAAACAAACUCACAACCCAUGCAUGCGAAACCGCCAGUCAGCAAAUAGCACUCGUGAAAUCGGGAACAGCAGCGAGUGAUACAGAUGUUAAUCUUCUGAUAUCAAAUGUGGGGGUUCUGAAUGCAAAUACCAAGGCAGCGGGGAUUACUUCGAGGCGUGCGGUGAUGUUUGUUGUGGCUCUUAGAACAUCUAAUUCAACUGACCUCGUCCAUUUUACCACAAUCAUGGGCGAAUCUCAACCGAUACUAUCGGACCAACACUACAAGGAAAUAGCCACAAUUGCCCAGAAACGUCGAGCUGAUACCUUGCCCAAGGAAUAUCUACUUCCCGAGGAAGCUUUAAAGAACAUUCCUCGAAACAUUACUAAUGUCCCGAGAUCAUCUGGACAUUUUACCCACGAAGAACUCGAGAUUAUUGAGACAGAUGCGGAAAACAUACUUCGAAAAAUUAGAGAGAGGGUGUGGACAUCGGUAGAAGUCACUAAGGCAUUUUCGAAGGCUGCUGUCGUUGCUCAUCAAUUGACAAAUUGUCUAACAGAAAUUCUCAUUCCCGAAGCUCUAAAACGAGCAGAGUUUCUCGAUGAUUAUCUUUCUAGAACCGGGAGCGUGAUGGGGCCACUUCAUGGUCUUCCAAUAUCUCUCAAAGACUGCUUCGUAACACCACCUCAUCCAUCUUCUAUCGGAAUGGCAUGUUAUGCCAAUGUCCCCACCAAUCCAGGAGAUGAAACAGUAUUAGUAACUUUGUUGGCCAAGCUUGGAGCGGUUUUCUAUGUCAAAACUGCAGUACCUGUUGCGAUGAUGAUGAUGGAGACGAUAUCAAAUGUAUGGGGCGAAACUAACGGUGCUUAUCAUAGCGGUACAACUUCAGGAGGAAGUUCUGGUGGUGAAGGUGUACUUUUGGCUAUGAAAGGUAGUCCGUUGGGAAUUGGAACGGAUAUCGGAGGAAGUAUCAGGAUUCCAAGUGCUUUUAAUGGACUCUUUGGAUUGAAACCUACCUUCGGCAGAUUCCCAAUCUACGGUACUAAAUCCGGAAUCUCAGGACAAGAUUUCAUCUACUCCAACAACGGCCCAAUGUCCAAAUCCCUUUCAACUCUUCAACUAUAUUGCAAAUCCGUUCUCUCCUCCGCCCUUUCACCCUGGCUACACGACCCCAAAUGUCUCCCCAUUCCCUGGCGAGAAAACACAAUCCAACCCCCCGGCCGCAAACUCCGCAUCGGUAUAAUCUCCGACAACGACGGAGAAAUCAGCGUUCACCCACCUAUUGCGCGCGGUCUAGCACUCACGAAACAAGCUUUAGAAGCAGCCGGUCACGAGGUCUUCGAAUGGGAACCCAUCAAUCAUCCUGAAAUGGCGCGAGAAAUGAAUACUUCCUUCUAUACUCUCGGUGGAGCUGCCAUUCUCGAAUUGACGCGUAAACACGACGAGCCUGUGUUUGAAAGUAUGAAGAACUAUGAAUUUGCGUACGAUCAGGGGGAACAUGGAACAUUAGGACCUACGAAGUUGCGAGAGAUGAUUAUGCGGAGAAAUACUUUUCAGAAGCAGUAUUUGGAUCGAUGGAUGAGCACGGGUGGAAAUGGAAAUGGAAAUGAUGGAAUGGGAAUAGGAAUUAUGGACGCUCUUAUUAUGCCCGCGAGUCCAUGGACGGCUCCCCGGUUGGGGAUUACGCAGACGGAUGUUUUUUGUGUGAAUUAUACGGGGGUGUGGAAUCUUUUGGAUUAUCCGGCGUGUACGUUUCCGGUUACGUUUGCGGAUCAGAAGGUGGACAAGAAGAGGGGGGAGGAGUGGAAGCCGUUGAAUGCGAAAGAUGGGAGGUUGCAGAAGGAUUAUGAAGAGGAGUUUUAUCAUGGGACGCCGGUGACAUUACAGUGUGUGGGCAGGAGAGGCGAGGAUGAGAUGGUGUUGGAGAUGGUAGGGGUUAUUGGGGGUGCGUUGAAGGGGGUGGGUUUGGGUGCUUAG